GAAAACCUUGACAAUGCAUUUGUAAUCAAGCAGCAUUGUCCGCUUCGUAAUUUACUAUAAAUACUGAGUUCACUUAACGCCCAGUUUUCUGAUACAAUUAACUUUCUCUAAUUGAUUAAAUAAUUAUGGUUGCUCUCACUAUCCCUUCUGAAUACGGUUACGUCCUUGGUGUUGCUGCCGUCACUGCUGUGUACACGUUCUCCAUCGGUAUUCGAGUCGGUGGUGCUCGCAAAGCCGCUAAUGUUCCUUACCCUUACCCUUACGCCACCCAAGAAGAGGCUGACAAGGAUAAAAAGAAGUACAUCUUCAACUGCACCCAACGCGCCCACCAAAACUCCCUCGAACAGCUUCCCGUUUUCCUCACUCUCUUGUUGAUUGGUGGUUUGCGCCACGCUGAAAUUUCCGCGGCUGCCGGUGCCUUCUACUUAGUAGGACGUAUUAUCUACGUCAAUGGUUACUGCACCGGUGAACCUAGCAAGCGCACUCGCGGCAUCUUUGGCAUGCUUGGCUUCCUCGCUGUCCUUGGUACCACCGCCUCUACCGUUUACAACCUUAUCCGAUAAAUCCAUUUUGUAAUAUAACCCUCAUAUCAAGACGCAUACGAAAGACAGUUUCUGUAAUAAAACGUGAACGUGCUCAUUUAUGGAAAAGA